AUGGCUUUGACACGUACUUCUCCGCGUACCCCAUCGAGAAACAAAGGCAUUGUCACUGACAAGUCAAGCAGUCUUGAAGAGACACAUAAUCAGUUCAGCCACAAGGCCUCAUGGGACAAUGACUCAAUUCGAGUUUUCCUACAGUUGAUUGCAAAUGAGAUUACUAAAGGAAAUCGCCCUUUCCUAGUCCUCAGCCAAGCAGGGUACAAGUCCUUGUGGCAAGCGUGGACAAAGUUAAUGGAUUCAAGCAAAGGAGUGUCAGGGAUAGGCUUUGACAGUGACACCGGUAUGUUUCAGGCACAUGAGGAGUGGUGGGACAAGAUGGAAUCGGUAAACAAGAUGUAUGCCAAGUUCAGGAAAAAAUCCUUGGAACAUCGUGAGUUGAUGGAGACGGUCUUCAUGGGGACAUCAACUACUGGAGUGCAGGACGUGGAUUCAGAUUCUUCACUGGAGCAUGUUCCGAUUGAAAAGGGGAAAAGGAGAAAGACGCCAUCAAGCAGUGUUUCAAAGUCCAAGAAGGCAACAAGUGGAGCAUCAGUUAUUGCGGAAAGCAUGAACAAUCUAACAGAUGUGGUGUGUACGAAGAAUCAGCAGGUCACGGUGAGGCACCUCAUAGGCAACGAAUCGCUGUAUACUAUUUCAGAGUGCAUGCAUCGCCUAACGAGUAUUCCAUCCUUGCUUGGUACGCCGUUAUUCCACUUUGCCUCGACACUUAUGGAUAACGCCGAUUUGCGGGAGGUGAUGAUGUGCCAGCCUGAUGACGACUCUAUCGUAGGGUGGCUUACACAAAAGCAGCUCUAG